AUGCUGCGCGGCGGAGCCCCCCUGGCCGCGCUGCUGCUGGCGGCGCUCAGCCUGGCCCGCGGGGAGCCCCCGGCGGUCUCGGGGUGCGGGAUGGAGGCUCCGAGCCGCCGCGCCGCGCCCCCGCAUCACCCGUACGGGCUGUACCCGCAGGGUCCCGCCGCGCACGGCGCGCUCGGAGCCGCAUCCCCGCGGGGCCGGAGACCGCGGGGAGCCAGGGGAGGAGGAGAAGAGCCGGAGGGCGAGGCGGACGGCCGGGGCCGGAGCCGGAGCCGGGGGGAGAGGCGGCGGGGCCGGGAGCCGCAGGUGCCGGACCCUCCCCGGGAGCGGCCGCUGCCCGCCCUGUACUUCUCGGGCGGCCGGGAGCAGCUGGCGGCGCGGGCGGAGGCGCUGCCCGCAGUCCCGCGGGAGGAGUUCACCCUGGAGCUGUGGGUGAAGGCGGAGGGCGGACAGAACAACCCGGCCAUCAUCGCAGGUGUCUUCAACAACUGCUCGCACUCAGCCAGCGACAAGGGCUGGGCGCUGGGUAUCCGCGCCCUGCAGCUCGGCGGCAAGAAGGACGCCCGCUUCUUCUUCUCCCUGCGCACGGACCGGGCAGCCAGAGCCACCGAGGUGACCUCCCACCACCGCUACCGCCCUGAGGCAUGGACACACCUGGCCGCCAGCUACGAUGGGCGGUGGAUGGCCCUGUACGUGGAUGGGGUGCGGGUGGGCCGCUCCGGCGGGCAGCAGGGCCCGCUGCACAGCGCCUUCAUGUCCUCCUGUCACACGCUGCUGCUGGGCGGGGACGCCUGGGGGACCACCCACACUUUCCGCGGACACCUGGCCGGGUUGGCCCUGUGGCGUGCUGCCCUGUCCCAAUCCCGCCUCCAGCGUUCCUUCCUGGAGGAGGUGCCUGGGGAGACGACGGCAGGGCUGGCUCUGGCCGCUGGCUUCGCCGCCCCGGAGGAAUGCUGGAUGCCUUUUCGGGAGGGUGCCUUCCCGCAGCAGUGGGUGCUGCUGUCCCCACCAGCCCCCGUCCUGCGGCCUUUGGGCCCCCCAGCCUGCGGGCAGACCGCCUGCGAUAACGUGGAGCUGGUGUCCCACUACAACCAGCACUGGCCGCUGCGCAGCUGGAAGGUGGCGCGGUACCGCGUGGUGAACCUGGCGGAGGACGACGGCGGGCGGCCCACGGUCAGCUGGGAGCAGAUCUGGCGGCAGCACCGCGCUCUGAGCGAAGCUUUCCGGCCCUACAACAUCUCCUGGCAGCUCAGCUUGCUGGAGGUGCACAACUCCUCCCUGCGCCGCCGUGCCGUCCUGCUGGGCUGCGAGCCCAGCAAGGUGGGCAACGAGCGCUGCGACCCCGAGUGCGAGCACCCCCUCACGGGCUACGACGGCGGCGACUGCCGAAGGCCCGGCCGCUGCUUCUCCUGGAAGCGCCGCGACGGCGUCUGCCACAUGGAGUGCAACAACAUGCUGGACGACUUCGACGACGGCGACUGCUGCGACCCGCGGGCCACCGACGUGGCCAGGACCUGCUUCGACCCCGACUCGCCCCAGCGGGCUUACAUGAGCGUGAAGGAGCUGAAGGAGGCUCUGAAGCUGAACAGCACCCAUUUCCUCAAUAUUUACUUUGCCAGUUCGGUGAGGGAAGAGUUGGCUGGUGCUGCCACUUGGCCGUGGGACAAAGAGGCCCUUAGUCACCUGGGUGGAGUUGUCCUCAACCCUGCUUACUACGGCAUGCCUGGCCACACCAACACCAUGAUCCACGAAGUGGGGCAUGUCCUGGGGCUCUACCACGUCUUCAAGGGAGUGAGCGAGCGGGAGUCUUGUGAUGACCCCUGCAGGGAGACCACUCCAUCCAUGGAGACAGGAGACCUCUGUGCUGACACUGCCCCCACCCCCAAGAACAAACUCUGUCGGGAUCCAGACCCUACCAAUGACACCUGUGGCCAGACACAUUUCACAGGAACACCCUUCAACAACUACAUGAGUUACACAGACGAUGACUGCACCAACAGCUUCACCCCCAACCAGGUGGCUCGCAUGCACUGCUACCUGGACCUGGUGUACCAGCGCUGGGGCCACAACAGGAAGCCAGCGCCCAUCCCGAUCCCCCCCAUGGUCACCGGGCAGACUCAGGACUCCCUCAGCAUCUACUGGCUGCCCCCCAUCAGCGGUGUCCUCCACGAGAGGGAGCAGGACACGCUGUGUGACAGCUGUGCUGAGGAUGGCACCUUCCGUCAGUAUGUGCACGAGGCCUCUUCCCCUCGCGUCUGUGACUCCUCUGGCUACUGGACCCCAGAAGAAGCAGAAGGUCCUCCAGACGUGGAUCAGCCCUGUGAGCCCAGCCUGCAGGCCUGGAGCCCGGAGCUGCACCUGUAUGACAUGAACAUGACCGUGCCGUGCCCCCAGCCGCACGGCUGCAUCCUGGAGCUGCGCUUCCUGCACCCCGUCUACCCCGACUCCCUCACCCUCUGGACCACCUACCUCUCCACAGGCUCUCCCAAGGCACUGUCUGACAUUGAAAUCCUGACAGAGCAAGGGGAGUCCAUCCACCUGGGCCCCAUGGACACCUUCUGUGAUAUCCCCUUUACUGUGAAGCUCAAUAUCCCUAAAAAGAUGUCUGGAGUUAAAAUCUACACCUUUGACGAGAGGAUGGAGAUAGACACAGCCCUGCUGACCUCCAGGCCACACAGCUCCCUGUGCUCUGCCUGCAGACUGGUCCAGUACCGGGUGCUCCGUGACCCCCCCUUUGCAGAUGGGUCCCCUGCCACCCCCCUGCAGGGACAUCGCCAGUUCAUCGACACGGAAGUCACUCCUGGGCAGGUGUACCACUACCAGGUGCAGGUGGUCUCUGGGACAACCUCAGGAGAAGCCUCCCCACCGCUCGUCCAUGUGCAUGGAACACCCUACUGUGGGGAUGGGAAGGUGGCCACGAGCCUGGAGGAGGAAUGUGAUGAUGGGGACUUGCUGGAUGGAGAUGGUUGUUCCAGAAAGUGUAAAAAGGAAAAAGGCUUCAACUGUGUUGGGGAGCCAAGCCUGUGCUACGUUCACGAUGGGGAUGGUGUAUGUGAGCCCUUUGAGAAGACAAGCAGCAUGCUGGACUGUGGUCCCCACACUCCUGAGGGAUAUGUGGAUCUGUGGGCAGUGAAAGCCUACUCCUCCCAACAGGAUGCAAAGUCCUGCCCUGCUUCCAUAGUCACUGGAGAGCCUGUUGUGAAGGUAUGUAAAUCCCACCUUCAUGAGGUGCCAAGGGACCUGCUGCAGGCUGCUUGGUUUCCCUGUGCUCCCAGCCAAGAGAAUGCUCAGGACCCAAAUGAGAAGAUGCUUUUGGGCGACGAGGGAGUUUGGCUCAAGGUUUGCUUUGAGAGACCUGCAGUGCCCACCUCUCUCCUGCUGUUCCUGGCCUCCUCUGGCACAGUCCCAGGGCAGCAGCCCAAGCCGGUGGUUGCUGUGCAGUUGACUGACACAGACGGACAGAACCGCUCUUUGGGGAUGCACGAGCUGUCGUGUCAGCACAACCCCCUCGUCAUCAACGUGACCCACAGCCUGGAGGAGCCACUCCCCCAGGUUGCUUCAGUGCUUCUCAACUUCUCCUCUCCACGAGUGGGCAUUGCAGCCGUGGCCUUGCGCACCUUGGCUCAGCACCUUGGCUCCUCUGAGCCCCUCAGCACCUGCCUCCUGCAGCACCAGCAGGGAUGUGCCCACCAGUGCUACAGCUGUGCCCACGGUGCCUGUGAGGGAUCAGGAACCUGCACACAGCCACUGCUUGCUCACGCUGCCACCCUCAACUGCAGCUCGGAUGGCCCAGGGCACAUGACGUGUGUUGUCUCCUGUGAAAAGGGCUUUGUCCUCCACUCCAGUGGUGGGAAGAGGCUGGGCUCCACGCAGUUCCUGAAGGUGCAGUGCCUGGAGAGUGGGCAGUGGGAAGAGGGACACUGUGUCCCCGUGGUCUGCAAGCCCCCGCCCCCCGUCUUCGAGGGCAUGUACAACUGCACGCAGGGCUUCGAGCUGGACAGCCAGUGUGUCCUCAACUGUGAGCAGCAGGGACAGCAGGUUCCCAUCGUCUGCACUAAGGAGGGCUUGUGGACAGAGGAGUUCAAACUGUGUGAGAGCUUGCAGGGCACCUGCCCACCACCCCCAGAGCUGAACUUCGUGGAGUACAAGUGUGAGCAGGGGCAUGGCAUAGGUGCUGUGUGCAUUCCUUCCUGUAUCAUUCCUCCCAGUGACCCCGUCAUACUGCCCAAAAAUGUCACUGCUGAGACAAUGGAUCACCGGCUGCAGCCCACCAGAGUCCAGAACAUCGUGUGCACGGGCAGACUGCGGUGGUAUCCAGACCCCUCUGUCAUUCACUGCAUCCAGUCGUGUGAGCCCUUCCAAGCAGACGGCUGGUGCGACACCAUCAACAACCGGGCGUACUGCCAGUAUGACGGCGGGGACUGCUGCUCCUCCACCCUGUCCUCCAGGAAGGUGAUCCCGUUUGCCGCUGACUGCGACCAGGACGAGUGCACCUGCCGCGACCCGGCGGCCGAGGAGAACCAGUAGCGGCGCCAUG